CAACAAUAGCCGCACAUCUGGCAGCUGAUUUUGCAACAACAAAAAAACAACAACAAUGAAAGUUUUGUUUGCAGCUGGAAACGGUGACAAAUAGACAAGAACACUAAAAACAACAACAACAAAAUAAAACACGCACAAAGUGAAAGAGACCAACGCAACGGACAUUUCUAAAAGCUUAGUUCAGCUUGAUAUGCAUCGCUUGCGGUCCAACUACAACAAUCAAACAACAAAUAAACGAAAAUUAAAAAAGGCUGCGCACACAAAAUUGUUGCUAACAAAUUAACAAAUUGCUACACUGCCUGCCCCACGUGCAAAGUUUAAUCGCCAACUAAUUCCUACAACUCUGUGCCAACAUGUAUAAGCUAUUGGGUAGCUUGAAGAGCUACCUCAAGUGGCAGGACAUACAGACGGACAAUGCCGUCUUUCGUCUACACAACUCAUUCACCACCGUCUUGCUGCUCACCUGCAGUCUGAUCAUUACCGCCACCCAGUAUGUGGGUCAGCCCAUAAGCUGCAUUGUGAACGGCAUACCGCCGCAUGUGGUCAACACCUUCUGUUGGAUCCACAGCACGUUUACUAUGCCGGACGCGUUCAAUCGACAGGUGGGUCGUGAAGUGGCACAUCCUGGCGUUGCCAAUGAUUUCAACGACAAGGAUGCCAGAAAGUACUACACCUACUAUCAGUGGGUAUGCUUUGUGCUAUUCUUUCAGGCCAUGGCCUGCUAUACGCCCAAGUUUCUGUGGAACAAAUUCGAGGGCGGUCUCAUGCGUAUGAUCGUAAUGGGUCUGAACAUAACGAUCUGCACACGCGAGGAGAAGGAAGCCAAACGAGAUGCGCUGCUCGACUAUCUCAUCAAGCACGUCAAGCGCCAUAAGUUGUAUGCCAUACGCUAUUGGGCUUGCGAGCUGCUCUGCUGUGUGAACAUUAUUGUUCAGAUGUAUCUGAUGAAUCGCUUCUUCGAUGGCGAAUUCAUUUCGUAUGGCACCAACAUCAUGGGCUUGUCGGAUGUGCCGCAGGAGCAGCGUGUCGAUCCAAUGGUUUAUGUAUUCCCACGCGUUACUAAAUGCAUAUUCCAUAAAUAUGGUGCCGGCGGCUCAUUGCAGACGCAUGAUUCACUUUGUAUACUGCCGCUGAAUAUCGUAAAUGAGAAGACUUAUGUGUUCAUUUGGUUCUGGUACUGGAUACUGCUCAUCCUGCUAAUUGGUUUAAUCAUAUUCCGCGCCUGCAUCAUUUUCAUGCCAAAAUUCCGGCCGCGUCUGCUGAACGCUCGCAAUCGAAUGAUUCCCAUGGAGAUAUGUCGCUCGCUAUCGCGUAAAUUGGACAUUGGAGAUUGGUGGCUCAUCUAUAUGCUGGGACGUAAUCUGGAUCCUGUCAUCUAUAAGGAUGUGAUGGGUGAAUUUGCCAAACAGGUCGAGCCCUCAAAGCAUGAUCGCACCAAGUGAUGACAAAUCUUUUACAAGCGCUCACACACACACACUCGAUUAUAACGUAUAAUUAUUAUUAUUAUUAUUAUUUAGCACAAAUCAUGACAAUUAGUUGAAAACACCACUGACCACAGCAACAACAAAAACAACAACAACAACAACGACUACUACUAUAACUACUGCAAACCGAAAAAACAAUACGUUUUAUCCUUUAUCCUAAAUUCUGUAAAUUUUGCUUAAUCAAUGAUCACAACUCGAAUCAUUUUGGCAGCUCAUUAUUAUAUUUUAACAAACAUUUUGAAUUUAGUUUGUGAAAAAUUUUUUUAAUUUUUUUUCUUACUCUUAACUUAAUUUAAUAUUUAGCUUGUACGUUAGCAUGUAGCAAGAACAUAAACGGCCCAAGAAAUUCUAAAACUUAUAUAUAUAUGCAUAUAUAUAUAUUUACACGAAACCAUUGACUGCCAGCUAUGCAUAUAACAAAAUGAAUUAAUAUAAUGCACAUAAACAUAUAAAUAUUGCUUUUGAGUCUUUCAUAAUAAUUGUCUCCCAUAAUAUUUGCAUACAAAUAACAAAAUAAAUAACUGUAACUGCUGGCAGCCAUUAUUCGCGGGCAAAGCGAGAGAGCAAGAGAGAGAAGAAAACAUUAAAUGUUAAGUUUAUUGUGUAGUUUUAGACGAAAAUUGCAAGUUUUUUAUAUACAAAUGAAGUAAACAAAACACGUAUGAAUAAAACUCUAUAUAACUGGCGAAA